GAGAAUGAUCUCACGACAGCGAUGACGCACUCUGUGAUGCGCUUGGACAUGGCGACGUGGAUCAGAUCAGAUGGUCUUCGAGCCAUUCGUAGCAUGGAGUGGAACCAAAUCAGACAGUGACACUUUGCUCUCAGCCAUUUCGACGACGAGCGAGGUGAAUGUGGAUUUUCUCGAGUGUUUGUUUGUUUAGUAUCUGAAGAAUAGCACCGGAAGGUUUAAGAGUUGUGGUGACAGGAAAUGUUGCAAAUGUACCCGAGAAUCGCCGCGUCUGUCGUAAUUGGACGCUGAAGGUCGAUCGAUUGUCUUCGACUACCACCAUUUCAUUCGGCGAGGCUCGUCAGUUACGAUCGUGAAUGAAAGGAUGGUAGGCAAUCGUAUUGGACAUUCGCACGAGGAAUUGGACGUACUGCACUCUUUGCAAACCAGAUCAAUCCUCGGACUUUUUCUUUGACAGCUAGAUUGGCCUCACGAAGAAGACUCAAAAUCUGACCCGAGCAGCAGAAAGCCAGGAGGCCAAUUUGACUCGACACAGCGAGAAUCAGAAGGUGCCCGGAUUUGUGAAAAUCGGUAACGGAGGAUGCUGCUUACCUUCACUGACUGAAAGAGCAAGCUCCAAAGAGUGCCGCAAGAAUCAAGAAUUUACCGGACUGGACAUUGAUCAUCUUCGCAUUCCUCUCCACGGGCACAGAAAAGAAUUUCGCAACCGCAACAAAUGCUGCGGCCCCAGACAUCCUCUUGAAGCCAGGCGUCCAUGUGGUGAAACUCUACUCCGGAGCAUAUCCCAAUGUGAUAAUCACUCUUGCAUCAGCAUUCCCAGCGAUUCCAAUUUCGCCCCAACCUAAACAUUGAUAUUGUCGGCACGACACUCUUGGUAACAUCCCGAAGGCUUAAGAUCGAACGGAAGAAAAAGCAAGCGGAGCACGAGACCGAAGCACAACCACAAGCGCAGCUCGAAAGGGAAGGGCUCAAAGGCCAGAGGAUCAGAAGGCGAGCCCAAGGCCAACUAAGACUCGAAGCAAGAUGGAUGAUCCGUUUAAAAUGCGGACGAGGAAGAAGUACUGUGUUAUGGUGCAAACCAACUUCAGGGAAGAAGAAAGUCAGCAUUUGUACUCAGAUUGUGCGUAUCAUCCUGAGCCUGAACCAGAAUGCUUCACGAACGGAGUUGGGCUUCACUACCCUGAAAUCCGGGAAAAAGAAAUGUCUCCCGAGUGCGAUUCCGUUUGCUACGAGAAAGAGGAGCUUCCUUGGUAUCUGUCGACCAUGAACAAAAUUCCUUCCUACAUGACGAAGGUGGUCUCAUCGAAGUCUCAGAAGAAACUUGAACUCGUCUUUCCUCACAGAAACAAGCCGCCUUUCCAAACACCCAACAAACGAACCAUGGCAGAGCAAUACGUGAUACUGGAGCCAUUCCAAACUUUAUCAUAUCAAGGACUGGAGUACCUAGAAUCAUGUUUAUCUUUCGAAUCCAUAUUGGACAAGCUAGAGACGGGUGGCGGAGAUCCGUCUGAAAGCAGAUCGAGAGCUGUGGCUCUGCGUUUGCUUUUGCGACUGCCUGCACAACCACCCGGCGAACUUGAAGGACCACCCACAACAUCAGGCAGACUUCACAGCAGAGUCCAUCUGAGUGCCAAGGGCAAGCAUCACCGAGUGUUGACACCGAGAUGUGACACAACUAUAAUUCAGCAGCUCGGAAGAAAGAGCGCUAUCGUUCUCUUGCAAAAGUUUUUGAGAGGCCGGGCGAAGCAGAUGUCCAUGACAAAGACCAAAGCACGAUGGGAGGAAUCGUACGACGAGCUAAAUGGCUUCGACCAAUGCUAUAAACCUGAAGGCAUGCAAUGUGGGAUCGACUUGGACAUCAGCAUAACCAAGAGAGUACUUGUAAGAGCAUUUGUUGGACAGAUUCUAGGAGCUAUGUUUGAACCUCUCGUUAACAAGUCUGGUGUACCGUCAUCCCCUCCACUGACUGGUACGACGAAAUAAUUCCGAGCUCCAGUUUAACAUUCUGGUGUCAACCCAUUUCUAUAUAUCAUCAAGCUCGACAAAAAAGUGAACUCUUUCAGUUGAUUUGCCUCAUCGGGCAGGCAGAAAUUUUAUGACUCUUAACAAGAACUUGAAAUCAGAGAACAAUAUCUGCAUUACAGUAUCUUGUGGAGUCAAUCUUUUUUGAACCAGCAAACAGCACAAAAUCGCUGGUGGAGAGAUAAGGCGACCAUGGUACUCUUCUUUCAAAGUCGUUGCUUGAUGAUGAUCAGCAGCAAUACUCACUUCGCUUUUGCUUUUCACGUAUUUCUCGGAUUGAUUGCCUACAAAAUUUGUAUUUGGCAAGCACUAUCUUUUUGUUGGGCAAUUCAAAGUCUUCGCUCUAGUCUCAAGUUUUACAAGUUUCAGGUCUACUGGGCUUGAGAUUACUUCAACUCACUUGGAACGUAUCUUACAUGUAGGUCAG